AUGGAACUAAGGAACAAUGUGACUGAGUUCAUCCUCUUAGGGCUCACUCAGAGUCUUCAGGGUCAGAAAAUACUAUUUGUUGUCUUCUUGCUCAUUUACAUUGUCACAAUGGUGGGUAACCUCCUCAUCGUCGUGACCGUGUUGAUGAGUCCAACCCUGAGUGCCCCGAUGUACUUCUUCCUGGGCUACUUGUCAUUCAUGGAUGCUGUUUAUUCUACUACGGUCACCCCAAACAUGAUUAUAAACUUACUCUAUGAGAAGAAAACCAUUUCCUUCCAAGCUUGCAUGACUCAGCUUUUUAUUGGACACUUAUUCGGUGGUGCUGAGAUUUUACUUCUGGUGGUCAUGGCCUAUGACCGCUACGUGGCUAUCUGUAAACCCCUGCAUUACAUGACCAUCAUGAGCCAACGGGUGUGUGUUCUGUUGCUGCUAUUGGCCUGGUUUGGAGGUUUUGUGCAUGCGGGAGUGCACCUUCUCUCUGUCUAUAACCUUCCCUUCUGUGGUUCCAAUAUCAUAGACCAUUUCAUAUGUGACAUGUACCCCUUAUUAAAACUUGCCUGCGCUGACACCUAUGUCAUUGGCCUCACCGUGAUCGCCAAUGAUGGGGCAAUAUGUUUGGUCAUCUUUAUGAUGGUACUCAUUUCCUAUGGAGUCAUUCUGAAUUCCCUGAAGAACCUGAGUCAGGAAGGUCGACGGAAAGCCUUAUCCACCUGUGGCUCCCACAUCACUGUGGUGGUCUUCUUCUUUGUCCCUUGUAUCUUUAUGUAUGUGAGACCUCCUUAUACCUUACCCAUUGAUAAACACUUGACUGUGUUUUACACUGUGUUUACCCCCAUGUUGAACCCCUUAAUCUAUACUCUUAGAAAUGCAGAGAUAAAGAAUGCCAUGAAGAAACUUUGGACCAGUAAAAGGAAAUGA